AUGCCAUAGGUGAAAAACAAAACAAAAAAAAUUAGACGGAAGAGUCUUUACUAUAUGACAUGGAAUCCUUGAUAAAACUUACUGUUAAGACACCUAAUCAACGUAUUAAUGACAUUCAAAUUGAUUGUGAUAUCAGAUGGACUGUACGCAAAUUAAAAGAGUAUUUACAAGACGUGUAUCCUUCAAAGCCAGCCAGUUCUUCACAGAAGUUGAUUUACCUUGGAAAACUUUUACAGGACCAUCACCUGCUUAAAGAAGUGUUUGGUGAAUGGGGAACUAGAACCCUCCACCUUGUAUGUUCAGAAAUGACUGGCUUGGACGAAUGUAAUUCAAAUGGCAUUGUAGCUGGUACAUCCUUAGCUGAUCCUGUGUCUAGUGAAGCAGAACCUACUCCAUCUGGGGUUACAACAACUGAAAGUAACGCUGAUGGACUUCGAUACAGAGGUUAUGUUUAUCAAAGCGUACCAGGGCCCUACAGAUUCAAUUUCCUUAUAACUAUUGCCGUUAUUUUCAGAUCUCUUUCUGAAAUGAACUCGCCGUUGUCAUCAGCAACAUCUAUGCCAGAUUUAGCUGAGUGGUAUCAACACAGCAUGCAUAACCCAUGGUCACGUUAUCACAUGCAUAUGCAACAAUAUUACCAACACUGGCAACAAUGGCAUAAUGCUAUGCACAGCGGACAAAAUCCAUACAAUCAAAUAUCGCAAGGAUUCUCCAUGCCCCCAUCACGUGCUGCAACGACUCCGAACGUUCCACUUUCACCAGGAGUUGCUGCACCACAAGAACCACCUCAAGAACUUGCACCACAAGAACAACAACAAGCGCAGCCGGGCAACCCACAAAAUGAAAACAUUCGUAUGAACGCUGGUGUAGGCGGUCCUAUGGUUCAAGAGGAUGAAGAGGAAAAUGAUAACCCUCGAAAUCGGGAUUGGCUGGACUGGCUGUACAUGUCUUUAAGACUGUUAAUGUUCCUCAGCAUUAUAUAUUUUUAUUCUUCUACAAGUAGAUUUUUGAUGGUUACUAUACUCGGAUUUAUUGUGUACCUGUAUCAGGGUGGUUGGUUUACACCGAGGAGGAGAGUGGAAGGACAGCCAGAUCCUGUUCCAGAACAGCCAAAUCAGCAAGAUAAUGAAAAUGUCGAUUUUUACCAAGAGAAUACUUCAAAUAAUAAUCAAAAUGCGGAUCCACCACGCCCAUCGGCAUUCCGUAUUUUAUGCACUUUUUUUGUAUCUUUCGUAACCUCAAUUAUACCAACCGUUCCCGAGGCGCUGCAACAACCAUAGUAAAACGCAUUACAAGGCGUAUCAAUUACGUGUGUUCACUUUAUCAAACGUGCAACAAAAAAUUAAAAACGACUUGUCCGUCUAUUAACUUUUUUAAUCUGAGGUUUUUUGUUACAGGUUCAUUUUCAGGGUGGUAGCCACCUUGGUCAAGUCGUGGUAUUUGCUACAUUUUUAGUGGAAGUCGGGAAUAAUUGUUAUUGUGAUCUCUUGUUUCUAAAUUAGUACUAGACUUAACAUUAAUUUAUGGUAUAAAACAUUUUCAUUAUACACCCAGCAUUCCCACAGUGUUUUGGUAAAAGUCGGGGAAUUUCAUUUAGAGUUUAAUGAUAUGGUUGCUAUUGGUGAAGGUUUUUUCCAGUGACAAAUCGCAACCACUUUGUCGUAGUGCAUUAUUCAUAUAUAUGCUCUACCAAAACUUUUUCGUUAUUCGAAGUUUCGCUUGAUUAAAUUUUGUGAUAAAAAAAAUUGAUCUCGUUCCCGUGGUACUCUUUUCACCUUCACUGCGUUAAUAUCGCUCGACUAUAUCUUUAUAGCGAUAACCCAAGGUUUGUUACCCCAAUGACGGUUCGCUAAACAUUUAUCUUAACAUUUAUAUAAUUUAUGCAUUAUUAUAAUAUUCAAACGACAAUACUUAUUAAUGAUGUAAAGUUCAUAUGACGUUUAUAUUUUCGUCACGGUUGUAGUUGUCAUAGUGAAAAAAGACAUGCCUCUUGCUUAUUACCAAGGUUAAGCCGAAA